GUAACAAAUUCUCAUUAAAAUCAGUGUCUGCUCAAGUUCUAACCAAGAACAAUAGCAACGUACGUCAUAUACAAAAUGGUUUUCAAACUGUGCUUGUUUGCUACUUUGGUGGCUUUAGUUCGUGGAGGAUUUUUAGCCCCAGCACCCGCACCUUUGCUUAGGGCAGCACCUCUACCACCACCGGUUUUUGCUCCAGCUCCAGUUUUCCGAGCUUAUCCGCCACCACCUCCACCACCAGUUUUCGCUCCAGCUCCGGUAUUCAGGACUGCACCCUUACUACCACCGCCAGCAAUAGCCGCACCAGCUCCAGUCUUCAGGUCAGUCCUUCCUCCUCCUCCGGUAGUUGCUCCAGCUCCAGCUGUGAUCGCCAAAACCAUCGACUACGACCCUAAUCCCCAAUACUCUUACGGAUACACCGUUGACGAUGCCCUCACUGGUGACAGCAAAGCUCAAUUCGAAACCCGAAGUGGAGACGUUGUUCAAGGAAGUUACUCUCUGUCUGACUCUGAUGGCACAAGAAGAACUGUUGAUUAUGCUGCCGAUCCUAUCAAUGGAUUCAAUGCUGUAGUAAGGAAAGAACCUUUAGUCCUUCCUCCUCCUCCCGUUGGAUACGCUGCUCCUGUUGUGGCGAAAUUCCACCACUAAUAGCAAGUGAGUGAAGUUUUCAACAACUCAGGAUUGAUAAAUGAAUAAUUAUUAUAAAUUAUAUUACUUUGAAUAUAUAGGUACUCAUAUUUGUCAAUGUAAAUAUGUUGUAUAGAAAUGAACUAGUUUACUUUUUGUAAAUAAAUUAUUUGCAAAGCA